GGAGGCUGCUGACACAAUGUUACGUAUUUACACGCAUUGUACACGGCACGUUUCCAGCUGAGCCUAGCGAGUUGCGAGUUUACGAGUGCAAGUGAGUGGCUAGGCUUUAAUAUUAAGUUUUUCUUUUCCGAUCCAUCGUCCAUUCUGUAUUUCUUAUUCAUGGUCGCGGUCGGUACUCUGGAUAUUUCGUUCGCGUGUUCGGUCUCCUUAGUUCUUAUCAUACCGUUCGUUAUCUAUUUACGUGCCGCGACAUCGCUUGUUGCUACUUACUAAGUACCAUUGUUAUAUUUGUUCGGUGCGGUGGUGUCGUGUUUGCGUAUCAACCUGUGCAACGGAAAGUUACAAUCAAAACUAUUUAAAACCGCAUCAAAGGAUUGUUGCCUGUUGGUCGUUACGUAACUACCGGAAGAUGGACGAUAUCACCGAUGAGAUUUUAAAGUUCAGACAGCCUGAUACGCCGGUGGUGAUGACUGUCCCUAGAAUGGAUAAGCUCAUUAAGAUCUCAAGUCAGAUGCCGUGUCGGAUUUUAAGUUGUGUUUGCGAUAGAUGGAUUUGUAAUGAGAAGAUUGAUGCACAAUCAAUGAUUUCUAUUUGUGACAGAUCUCUUUGUAACCAUAAACUAUAUGAUCAUGUAUCACAUUUGGUAAAUGCUCCAGAAAAAAUGUUAAACCAUUUGACGAUGUUAGUAAUUGAUUUUGAAAAUAUAAAUGAUGAAAUAGAACGUCUGUCAAAGUUGCCUGCUGAUGGUAAAACAAAUCCUUUAUUGAAACGAUCUAGACAAUAUAAAGGUCUCAUAUAUCAUGAAAUAAAAUAUUUUAGAAAUCUUGAUUCUUCAAUUGAUGUUUUAGCCGAUAUACCACCAUUCGAGUCUCCAGCUAUAGAAGAUAUUUUUAUGCACUUUUGUUUGUAUGAGUAUUCACAUAAUACCGUUGAAUUACAAAUGGCAUUAAAUAUCUCCAGACAAAUUUUAGAUCAUUUUAAUCAUUGGAUAUGGGUUACUCCCGAGGAGCUUCCAUUUCUCAAUAAAUUAAAAUUCAGUAACAGUUAUAAAUUUUAUUACCAAAGGUACCAAAAGCAUUGUCUUACUUCCUUUUCCAAUCAUUCUAAAAUAAAACCAAGUUAUUCAAGCAGUAUAGUAUUUGGCCAGGAUAUAUUAAAAUAUACCCUAAAAGUAUUUAGACAAUCUCUCACAAAUUGGUGUAUUAAUAAAUCACAAAAUUGUACCUUCAGUAAAAAACGUUUAUUCAUGAAUAAAAUUCCAAAAUUUUUGGAUUUAUUAGAACAAGAAGUGUAUGAAAUUGAUUCGCCUAUAUGGGAUCCAAAUUUUACAAAUACUCCAGCUACAAAAAAAAUUUUAGAUAGAUUAAACUUAAAAAUACAUGAAUUGACCCAAAAUCAAUUUAUUGCACCUAGAAUGACUUCCAAUAUACCUGAAAGAAUAAACAACAAUUGUUCAAAUGGAGUUACAUUAAAAAUACCAGAUGUUAAACAUAAUGAUAUGUGUAAAAACUAUGGAACAACAGAUACAAUGCUUGAUACGUUUGAAGAUAUUGAUGUUGGUGCUAACACAUCUUUAAAGGGGUUUAUAACAAACCAUAAAAAACGUCAAACUCAAGCAAAAGACAAACAAUUAGGAAUAGAAAUGAUAGUAUUUGAUAGUUUGUCAAAUAUUACAAAAUGUGUGUUAUGCCGAAAAGAGCUAAGAAAUAUGUACCAAACUCGAUUGCCAAGACUUCCAGAUAUAUACAUUGCAAGAUUGCAAACAGAUGAACAAAUACAAACAUUGGCUAUGUUGGAAGAAGGUAUUCCUAUUGGUGGUAUAUAUUUCCGGACUUUCAACUCUCAAGGAUUCAGUGAAAUAGUAUUAUGUAUGUUUAAAGUUGAUUUACAUGUAAAUGGAUAUGAGUCGCGUCUAAUGAAUUAUUUAAAGGAUCUUCAUAUUAAACAAAAUAUAUGGGAUUUAUUAGUGUAUGUUGAUAAAGAAAAAUUUGCAUUUUUUAAAAAUCACAAUUUUAGUACAGAAGUGAAAAUUUCAAAGAAAAAAUAUAAUAAGUUUAUAGUUCACUAUGAAGAUUCCAAGUUGAUGCAUUGCAAUCUAAAGAAGUGAAUAAUAACUUACAUUUUCUAAAUUAUAAUAAUAUUAUAUAGAAAUUGGAACAAAAAUCCAAUGGAUAAAAUACAUGACUGUAUCCAGAGAAGUGUAUUUAGAAUUCCUAAUUGUCCUUUCCCUUGUAUUCCAACAAAAGUAUAUUUAUGAUUAAUAUAGUCAUGAUAUAAUAUGUAGAUUUAAUAGUGAUAAAAAUGUUUUAUUAUUCAUUUUUAAAAAUAUUAUUUUUAUGUUUUUUAGUUACAAAUUAGAUAAUAGUAGAGUAUAGUAUAGUAGGUAUAGUAAAAUAGAGAAGUAUAGUAUACGGUAUAGUAUAUAUUAUAGGCAAAUCAACAUUUCAUUUUAUAAAAUUUUUUUUCAUCAGUAUUAAAAAUUGGUUGAAUUUGGUCACGUAAUUUUGUUGAAAAUAAUUGUUGACAGUUGUAAAUAAAAAUCAAAAGCAGACAACAUUUGUCAAAAUCUCUUCUUCCACUAGAAGAGGCUCAUAACAAACUAUAUAUAUUCAAUCGUUUUUAAAUUUGGUAUCAUAGGAAUAAUUUAGAACCUUGUGAUGUUGAGUGGAAUCAGAUAUUACUUAUUUUCCUUGUUUUUCUUUGAAUGCAUCUCAAAACGAUAUUUUUAGAUUAAUAUUACUAUUGUACCUAUUCAAUAUUUGAAAAAUUAUGUUUUUUGUGGUAAAUUAUAAAUUAAAUCCAUAAUUAUACAUUAGAUUAUGAUUAAAAUUAAAUUAAAUGUUUUUAUUGUAAGAAGAAGUUAAUAAUUUUUAAAACCAUGUAACUUAUUUAUUCCUAUAUCCUAUAGGCUAUAAACUUUAUUUUUGUAUUUAAGGCGAUUUAAAGGUUUUAAAUUUAAAAUAUCCCUUGUUCUACUGUUAAUUAAUACUUGUCACUUUGAUGUUGAUGUGUAACUUAACUUUUGUAACUAUAGUUCGUAA